AUGGCAGGAACACACAUCUUGGUUAUCGGGGCUACUGGGCCAUCGGGCAUGGAAUUCUGCAAAACUGCACUAAGGCGAGGGCAUAUCUUGACUCUCUAUGUGCGGAACCCAGCUAAGCUCCCUGCCGAGAUAACUGAAAAUGCGAACGUCUCGGUGGUGCAGGGUACGCUGGAAGAUAUGUCUAGCUUCCAGCGUGCAGUAACUUCAGGUGCUUCAGUCUUCGUCUCAUUUGCAGGCCCCGUUAUGAAUUCAAAGGGAACUCCUGUGACUGAUGCUAUGAAACGUAUAUUUCCGAUCCUAGUAGCCAACGACUACAAGAGAGCAAUGGUGCUCGGAACAUGUUCAUUCCCCGCACCACAGGAUAGAGGCGCACUCAAGUGGAAAGCGUCAAUCAUCCUUAUCAAAAUCAUAGGCGGGUCGGCCUAUGAUGAGUUCAAGGGUCUUGGUGCGUUUGUGACAUCUCAAGACGCCUCGCAGCUUAAGUGGACUUUGUUUCGAGUCCCUUUCCUGAAUAAUGGCCCCGAUGCACCAGUAACUGCUACAUAUACAGGAACUGGCAGCGACGGAAUGUUCCUAUCCAGGAUAAGUUUGGCGACUUGGGUAUCUGACCAGAUAUCCGAAGACUCUGAUUGGAUUGGCAAGGCGCCUGUAUUAUCGAAUUGA